UCUAUCUAUAUUUUUAAUAGAUGUGAUUACUAUUAGAGUAGUAAGACGCGUCAGUCUCGGGGUUAGACCAGGAUACAUCCUUAUUGGAUGCCUGCAUUGUCAGCUCAGGGCGCCAGCCUGAAUGAAAUCACUCCAGAUAAAGUUGAAACACCUGGGUGUGUCGCUGGAAACUGCGUUGAGUUUUCCGAAAAGGUCUGAUAGCGUUGUUUGACAGACAGGCGGACUGACUCUAAGCUGAAGCUUCACUUCAGUUUGGCGCAGAUGUUUUCACCAUGGAAAAGGUGUGAGCUCUACUAUGGAUUUGCCUGAAGAGUUAGAUGAGGGAAUCCUCCCCUCAAAAAUCUCUCCGUUUGAUGAACAUGACUGGACCAAAGCUGAGAGCCCAGAGCAGCAGCAGCAGGAGGAGGAGGAGAGACCAGUCUGCUCUGUACCCAGCUGUGUGUCCAUGAAGAGUAACCACUCCCUGGAGAUACCUCUUGCUUUUAAAAGACAUCCUCCUGAAGCAGAGAUCCAGGAGAAGAGACCCAGCUGUGUGUCUGUGAAGAGUGACCAGUCCAUGGGUUGCAUUGCAGAGUUAAAAGAUGGACUCCACUCCGCUCGUCAGAGACCAGAGUCUCCUGCACCCAGCUGUGUGUCCAUGAUGGACAACCAGUCAAUCGAGCCACCUCUUGCUUUUAAAAGACAGCACUCUUCUGAAAAAGAACUACUACAGAUGAGUUCAGGAGUUCACAGCGGUCAGUCUGCCCUGGAACAUGAGACAGACAUGGACUCCGUAUUUAUGCUACUGGAGGAAAACAUCGUUAGCUUCAUAAAGAAGGAGCUGAAGAGGAUGCAGGGGGUUUUAAGUUCAGAGUGUUCGGAUGACGAGGUGAUGAUGGGCGAGGAGGACGAGGAUACGAGGAGCUGCAGAGGGGCGUUUCUGAAAAUCGCACUUCUCUUCCUGAGGAGAAUGAAGCACGAGGGACUGGCUGAGUCUCUGCAGAGCAAGUCUCCUGCCACGUGCCAGGGUAAACUCAAAUCGAGUUUAAAGCAGAAGUUCCAGUGUUUGUUUGAGGGGAUUGAUAAAACAGGGAACCCAGUCCUUCUGAAUGAGAUCUACACGGAGCUCUACAUCACCGAGGGAGGGAGUGGAGAGGUCAAUGACGAACACGAAGUCCGACAGAUUGAAACAGCAUCCAGGAAACCAGCCAGACCAGAAACAACCAUCAGAUGUGAAGACAUCUUCCAGACCGUGCCAGGGAAAGCUCGACCGUGCAGGACAGUGAUGACAAAGGGGGUCGCCGGCAUCGGGAAAACGGUCUUAACACAGAAGUUGACUCUGGACUGGGCUGAAGGCAAAGCCAACCAGGACAUACAGUUCACAUUUCCAUUCACCUUCCGAGAGCUGAAUUUGCUGAAAGGCAAGAAGUACAGCUUGGUGAAACUUGUUCAUCACUUCUUUGGUGAGACCAAAGAAGCAGGACUCUGCAGGUUUGACAAGUUCCAGGUUCUGUUCAUCUUUGAUGGUCUGGAUGAGUGUCGGCUUCCUCUGGAUUUCCACGACGCUGAGAUCCUGACUGAUGUUACAGAGUCUGCCUCAGUGGAUGUGCUGCUGACAAACCUCAUCAGAGGGAAACUGCUUCCCUCCUCUCGCCUCUGGAUAACCACACGACCUGCAGCAGCCAAUCAGAUCCCUCCUGAGUGCAUUGACAUGGUGACAGAGGUCAGAGGGUUCACUGACCCACAGAAGGAGGAGUACUUCAGGAAGAGGUUCAGGGAUGAGGAGCAGGCCAGCAGGAUCAUCUCCCACAUCAAGACUUCACGAAGCCUCCACAUCAUGUGCCACAUCCCGGUCUUCUGCUGGAUCACCGCUACAGUUCUGGAGGAUGUGUUGAAAACCAGAGAGGGAGGGGGGCUGCCCAAGACCCUGACUGAGAUGUACAUCCACUUCUUGGUGGUUCAAGCCAAAUUGUGGAGCGUGAAGUAUUACGUAGGAGCUGAUCCACACUGGAAUCCAGGGAGCAGAGAGAUGGUUUUGUCUCUGGGAAAACUGGCUUUUGAGCAGCUGCAGAAAGGAAACCUGAUCUUCUACGAAUCAGACCUGACAGAGUGCGGCAUCGAUAUCACAGCAGCCUCAGUGUACUCAGGAGUAUUCACACAGAUCUUUAAAGAGGAGAGAGGGUUUUACGAGGAGAGGGUCUACUGUUUUGUUCAUCUGAGCAUUCAGGAGUUUCUGGCUGCCCUUUAUGUCUUCCUGACUUUCAUUAACUCUGGCGUCAAUCAGCUGUCUCAACCAAAAACCUGGUGGUCUAAUCUGAUAAGAGACAAAUCUAAACUGUCAUAUCUCUUCCAAAGUGCUGUGGACAAGGCUUUACAGAGUCCAAAUGGGCACCUGGAUUUGUUCCUUCGCUUCCUCCUGGGCCUUUCGUUACAGACAAAUCAGACACUUCUAGGAGGGUUAAUGACACAGACAGGAUGCAGCUCGCACACCAAUCGGGAAACAGUCGAGUACGUCAAGAGCGUGAUCAGGAAAAAUCUGUCCCCGGAGAGAAGCAUCAAUCUGUUUCACUGUCUGAAUGAGCUGAAUGAUCGUUCUCUAGUGGAAGAGAUCCAGCAGUACGUGAGUUCAGGAAGUCUCCUCGCCGCCAGCCUCUCUCCUGCUCAGUGGUCAGCCCUGGUCUUCAUCUUGCUGUCUUCAGAUAAAGAGCUGGAUGUGUUUGACCUGAAGAAAUACUCAGCUUCGGAGGAGGGUCUGCUGAAGCUGCUGCCAGUGGUCAAAGCUUCGAAUAAGUCUCUGCUGAGCGGUUGUAACCUGUCAGAAAAAAGCGGCGGGGGUCUGGCAUCGGUUCUCAGCUCCCAGUCUUCCAGUCUGAGAGAUCUCGAUCUGACGAACAACAAUCUGAAGGACUCAGGAGUCAAGCUGCUUAGUGCUGGAUUAGAGGAUCCACAGUGUAGGCUGGAAAAGCUGAGGCUGAACCAAAAUAACCUGACUGAGAAAUGCUGUCAGGAGUUCUCAGCAGUCCUCAGCACCAAGUCCUCUGGUCUGCGAGACCUAGACUUGAGUUAUAAUGACCUGCAGGACUCUGGAGUGAAGCUCCUCUGUGCUGGACUGGAAAGUCCAUGCUGUGCUUUGGAAACACUCAGGCUGGUCGGCUGUAAUCUGUCAGAGAGAAGUCGUGAUGCUUUGGCUUCACGUCUCAGAUCCUCUAGUCUGAGAGAGCUGGACCUGAGUAACAACGACCUGCAGGAUUCAGGAGCGAUGCUCUUCUCUGCUGAACAGGAGAAUCAGCACUGCAGACUGGAAACUCUGAGGUUGAUCCAAACCAGGCUCACAGAAAAAUGCUGCCAGCACUUCUCAUCAUUUCUCAGCUCUGAGUCUUCACGUCUGAGAGACCUGGACCUGAGUAACAACGACCUGCAGGAUUCAGGAGUGAAAUUACUUUUUACUGGACUGGCAAGUCCACACUGCACGCUCCAAACUCUCAGAUUAAAUCAAACCAACCUCACAGAGAAAUGCUGCCAGGAGAUUUCAUCAGUUCUCAGCUCGCAGUCCUCCCAUCUGAGAGACCUGGACCUGAGUAACAAUGACCUGCAGGAUUCAGGAGUGGAGGUGCUGUCUGCCGGAAUGCGAAGUCCACACUGCUCUCUGUCAAGUCUCAGGAUGAGUGGCUGUAAGUUAUCAGAAAGAAGCUGUGAAGCUCUGAACUUAGUUCUCAGCUCCCGGUCGUCUAAUCUGAGAGAACUGGAUCUUAAAAACAACGACCUGAAGGACUCAGGAGUGAAAGUGCUGUUUGCUGAACUGAGGAAUCCACAAUGUACACUGGAAACUCUAAGGUUGGAUCACACCAGGCUCACAGAGAAAUGCUGUCAGAAUGUCUCAUCAGUUCUAAGCACCAAGUCGUCCAGGCUGAGAGACCUGGACCUGAGCAACAAUGACCUGAAGGAUUCAGGAGUGAAACUGCUCGCUGCUGGACUGAGGAGUCCAAACUGUAGACUGAAAACAUUCAGGUUGUCCGGUUGUUUGAUCACAGAGGAAGGCUGCAUUUCUUUGGCCUCAGCUCUGAGCACAAACCCCUCCCACCUGAAAGAGCUGGACCUGAGCUACAAUCAUCUGGGAGAAUCAGGAGUGAAGGUGCUUUCUGCUGGGCUGAAGGAUCGAAGAUGGAGCCUGGACUCUCUCAGUGUGGAUCAUAGUGGUGUUCAGUGGUUGAAAUCUGGUCUGGCAAAGUAUGUCUGUGAACUCACACUGGACCCAAACACAGCACACAAAAACGUCCUCCUGACCGAGAACAACAGAAAAGUGAUGCUGGCGAUAGAGAAGCAGCCGUAUCCUGAUCACCCUGACAGGUUCGACUGGUGCUACCAGCUGCUGUGCACAGCUGGCCUGGCUGGUCGCUGUUACUGGGAGGUGGACUGGGAAGAAGGGGUUGAUAUUGGAGUGACUUACAGAGGACUGAGACGGAGGGGAGCUCGUGAUGGCAGUAGACUCGGGUGGAAUGAAAAGUCAUGGAGUUUGGAGUUGACUGAUAAAUGUUACUACGCCUGGCACAAUAACAUAAGGACAGCUCUUCUCACUAAUCCCCACACUGCCUCUAACAGAGUCGGUGUGUUUCUGGACUGGCCUGCUGGCACGUUGUCCUUCUACAGCGUCUCAUCUGGCUCACUAAAUCACCUGUACACCUUCUACUGUGCAUUCACUGAACCUCUCUUACCUGGAUUCGGGUUCUUAUCACUGGAGUCUUCAGUGUCCUUGUGUUAGAAACUGGAUGGAGACUCACCUUCUUAUUUAUCUUAUUUAUUUAGGAAACACAACUUGGAAUACCUUGAUACAGCUCGAAGUGGAGACUCUCAGGACUCUCAUCAACUCCAAGAAGAAUUACCCUCACCUUACCUUUUAAUACCUUUUUAUUUUAAUAUCAGAGCCUGUGUUUAAGGUAAUUAUUAAUAUUUCAUGGAGCUCAGACAGUAGGGAUCAUGUUCUUUUUCUUUUUUAAUAUUGUAUAUCUGCCAAACAAAUCAGAUUUUAUAGCUGAACUACAAACUGGGUUUACAGCUUCCUGUGCUUUCUUAUAAUAUAGAAUAAAUAUUAAGGUUAACUCUAAUCUC